AUGUCUAUUACAAUUUGUAUUGUUUUACUGGUAGCCAGUGCUUCGGCACAACGAGGCAAUGAAUUAGGAGGACUCGGAGGUCUACUCAGCGGUUUAGGCGGUGGAGGUGGUGGUCAGGGUGGCGGACCACUCGGAGGUUUGGGAGCUUUGGGGCAACAAUUAGGAUUAGGUGGACUUGGAGGCGGUCAGGGAGGAGGUCUUGGCCAACUUCUUGGUGGUGGUGGUGGCGGCGGUAAUGGAGGAAGAGGCGGUGGAUUAUUAGGUGGUUUAGAUUUAGGCCAACUUGGUCUCGGAGGUGGAAGAGGAAAUGGUGGUGGUGGUGGUGGUGGGGGGUUAGGACAACUCCUAGGCGGUUUAGGAGGUGGAGGAAAUGGAGGCGAUGGAGGUUUAGGACAGUUAUUCGGUGGUGGAGGUGGAAAUGACGGCGGUUUAGGACAAAUUUUAGGCGGCGGUGGGGGCGACGAUGGAUUAGGACAGUUGGGUGGUUUAGGUAAUGGAGGUGGAGGUGGUCUGGGAAAUUUAGCAAAUAUAGGCGGUGGAGGUGGUGGAAAUGAUUUUGGAGGCCUCGGUGGUGGCGCUGAUGGAGGUCUCGGAAAUUUAGGAGGUGGCGAUCUUGGAGGUGGCGGCCUUGGAGAUGGAGGUCUAGGAGGAGGUCUUGGAUUAGAUCCAUUGGGUCUCAUGGGAUAA